CGUACUACAUUUCCCAGAAGCCUUCGCUGACGCGCCUGAUCAUCACGUGAGAUUGUAUAAGAAGGGAACAUGUGGGCUCGUGCUCAUCGUUCGUUUUGAAGGUGAAUCGUCCGCUAGCCUGCCUCCACACGAUUCUCAUUCAGCCUGAAGAUGUCGACGGUGUCUGCUGCCAGCUUGGAGACUGCUCCUGCGACUGAGAGCGCUGAGCAGAAGAAGCCACUGAAACCAUGCUGUGCUUGUCCAGAAACAAAGAAAGUCAGAGAUGCCUGCAUCAUUGAAAAGGGAGAGGAAAACUGCACUGACCUAAUUGAGGCACAUAAAGAUUGCAUGAGGGCGCUUGGAUUCAAGAUUUAACCACUCCAUUUUUGUGUGUGCGCGUGUGUGUGUGUUGCUGUGUGACUGGAGGACAACCCUGGAUAUUCCUUUCUUCUUCCUUCCCCCUCUUAUUUAUACCUCGACGAGAAGGGAAAUGUGAAUGAUGCGCUUAGGCUCUGACGGUGUGAUCUUUUCUGUGUGGAAAUAAUUUUUUAAAGUCUGAAGAAUUUGAGAAAUUUGUGAAUAUCUAAAAUGCUGUCUGAAAUUGAAUAAAAGUCCUAUGCAAGAAGA